AUGCGCGAGCUUGGAAAAUUCGGAGCCAUAGGGGAUGUUUGGCUCGCUCGCAACCCACCCGGAUUCGCGUUCGUGGAGUUUGAGAAAGCUGCUGAUGCCGAAAAAGCUGUUCGAGCGCUUGACGGAAUAACUGUUUGUGAUUCAAGGUUGCGUGUAGAAUUCGCGCACUCCAAACCCAGGCCC